UCAUGGCAGAACUCGACAGAGAUGGUGCUAGAGAAGCCAUCGAGCGUAUUCGCGCAAACAGAGCGCAGCCUCCAUUGCCGCGAACUCGCUCUCGCUCCCGCUCCCGUGCCCGCUCCCGCUCCCGUGCCCGAUCCCGCUCCCGUGCCCGAUCCCGCUCCCGCUCCUGUGCCCGUGAUGGAUACACGCAACAGGCCCCCUCUUCCGACGACUCGAUGCUGAGUCAGUCGCGGUGGAGGAGUCGCCAGGCAUCGUCGUCACAGUCGUCGGCUCCGCCGCCACCCUCGCUGCCGCCUCUGCCCACAGCCGGUCCGCGGUUUGUAGCCGACUCGUCCGACUCGGAGCCGCUGGUUGUUCGCGUCCAACGCGACGGCGAUAACAGCGAGCUCUUCUCCUCACUCGACUCGUCGGCCAUCUCGCAUUCGCAUGCCUCGGUUGCGUCGGCUCGCGGCGCCAUGCUAUCCUCGGGCUCGAGAAGCCACUCGCCCGUCGGAUCGUCAGAGUCGUGGGACAUGACCUGCUCCCGACGCCCCGACGCCGCGCAAGCUACUGUCGGGUCUACCCUUCGCUCGCUGCACGCCACUGAAGGCGGCGGCAAGCCGUUGCCACCGGCACGCUUUGCCCAGCUCUCGCUCGUCGCGCCGCGUGCCUCGGGCACUGCAGGCGUAGUCGAAGCUGUCCGCCGCAUCCGCCGCGCCCCGACUGCACUGCACACUCGCAAGCUACAGCGCCGACAGACAGCGUCCGUGUCGCCGAGCCGCGAGCAGUCCGCAGCACUCCUCGCUCAAGCAGCGCGUGCCGACAUUGGACACCGCGGAUCGGUCCAGCUAGAGGCCGUGCCGUCGCUGGAGCACUCGCACCAUCACCACCGCCACCGACACCGCCACCAUCACGGCCACUCUUCGCCGCGCUCGCCCGACAACCUUGCCGCCCGCGCAGACACCCUGCUCAAGCAACGGCUUCCGCAGACUAAGCGCGACUCUCUGGUGGCAUCGCCGGACCUUGUCCGCGACCUCAUCAAGCUCGAGGACAAGGCACUCGCGCGGCGGUCAUCGCUCUCGCGCCCGAUUGCCCAGCAGCCGACCGAGGCCUCGGUGGCGGCCAUGGCUACCAAGGGUGAGCACAAUCGCCAGCUCCUUCUCCAAAUCCGGCCGCAUCGCCAAGACUCGGACUCUGACGAACUCUCACAGAGCCCCUCGCUUCCGGCCCCGUCCGACAAGCUGCCCCGGGCCCAAACCAGCAGCUCGCGCCACCACCUGGUACCGCGCCGGCCCGAGGUCUCGGGCGGCUCUGGCUCGUCACGCAAUUCGUCGCGUUCGCCGCGGACUGAGACCUGCUCGCGCAUCUCGCCCCGCUCGCCAAACAGCUCGGUUCGCCGCCGCCGCAGACGGUCGACGUCGAUUUCGGUGGCAGGCACCGCCGGUCCGGUGCUCCUGGUCCCUCCGGCCUCGCCGGCGCAGUCAUCCAGGCCGCUCCCGCCGCAGCGGCUGCCGUCGGCCAAAUCGUUUACCGCCCUGACGCCCGGCAAGGCCGACGCCAAGAUCCGCCAACUCAAGCGCGGCGAGACCAAGACGACGCUAAAGCCGCCCAACUCGGCCGUCAAAGCCAAGGACACCGCGAGGCUGCAGAACCUACAUCAGCACCUGCGCGAGUCGGGCGUCGACCCGACCGAGCUAGACCAGCUCAUUGUGCAGAAGCACCUCAACAAGCUGCCGUCGGCCGACUCCUUCAGCGGCCUGCGAUCCAAGAAUAGGAGCCGGAACCGUAACGACUCCAAUGACCCGACCUCGCCAGCCUGCGCCGACUUGCCAUCCAUUGUCUCAGACACCGGUUCGGCCAGCUCUGACUCUGACAACGAGAGCUCGGCCUACGCCUACUCGUACUCGUACUCGUACGACGUCGCGCCGGUGCUCACAUCGGAGCAGCACAAGGAAGCCCUCGAGCUGGCCGGCGCUUACAUCCUUGACGCCAUUCACGGACGCCCGCCCAAGCUUACCCGCACCUCGCCGGCGCAGAUGCGGGUCUACCGCUUCCAGCACACAAGGGGCUGGAACUACUUUCUCUACUUUGUGGUCCUCUUCCAGAUGUGCCUCGUCUUUGGCGAGCCGGCGCAGACUGCCGACGCCACGCUCCCGCUCCACCUCCUUCUUCCGGAACUCUUCUGCAUCGUUGUCUACGGCAUCGACCUCGGCAUGGAGCUUUAUCACUCGGGCACCGCCCGGUUCUUCCGCCCGCCGUCGAUGCUGAGCGAGAGCAAAGGGCACACUCCGCCGCCGGGCCUCUGCGCGCGGCUACUGGCGGCCAGCAUGCCCGAGUGGCUCUCGCGCGUCUCGUGGGUUCUUGUCCAGUCGGUCAUCGUGGUCGUCAUUACCGCCGACGUCCUCCUCCACAUUUCAGUCGAGGCUGUUCCGUUCAUGCGUGUCUCACGCCUCCUCCGCUCGCUGCAGCUCUUCCGCGCCAAAGUCCUCCGCAAGAACUUUGUUGUUCUCAUCCGGACCAUGCCGGCGCUUGUCGACGUUGUACUCAUGACCACGCUCAUGCUCUUCCAGGGCGAGUACACCGAUCCGGCAACUGGCAUCCGCCCGGCUUCCCACUUUGACGACGUCCAGUCGGGCAUGCUCUCGCUCUACGUCCUCCUCACUACCGAAAACUACCCGGACGUCAUGUACCCAGCAUUUCGGCUCAACCAAGGCUUUGUUGUCUUUUUUGUUGUCUUUAUCUUCUUUGGUGUCUACAUGCUGCUCUCGGUCGCCGUCGCCGUCAUCUUUGACUCUUUCAAAGUCCAGCGCAAGAAGCAGGCGCUCGAGGACCGAAUCAUGGAGCGCCAGGCCCUGCUCGCCGCCUUUCAGUGCCUUCCGCGCACCUCGGACAACUCGGUCACCUUUGAGACCUGGCACGACCUCAUCGAGACGCUCAAGGUUCAACGCGAGGAACACGAGAUCAAGCUUCUCUUCUCAGUCAUCGAUCAAGACGGCAACGGGACUGUCGACGUUCUGGAGUUCUUUGAGCUUGUUGACUGCCUCCUUCUCCGCUUCGAGGUUGAGGCCUCGGGGCCGUCGUCGUGGGAGGCAGGCCUCCUCACCUCGUGGAUGUACGUGCCGCGGCCGUCGCUACAGAAGAUCGUCACCCACAAAGCCUUUCUCAACGCCGUCACUGUGCUUAUUGCCUUCAACAUCUUUGUCUCGUGCUCGAUCCCCAACUACCCGCCGCGAUCGCCGGAGCGAGCCGUCUUUGUCUAUCUUGACUACGCCAUUCUCUUCCUCUCCUGCGCUGAGCUCCUCCUCCGCAUGGCCGCCUGGGGCUUUGCGCCUUUUCUUCGUGGGGUUGGAACCGGUUCGACGUUGUCCUCGUCCUCGUCUCGCUCGCUUCGGACCUUUACCGACACCUUUCUCAAAAUCGGCACGCCGCUGUACAUUGUCGGCGGCCUGCUGCUCAUUGUCUUUUACUUUUACGCCAUCCUGGGCAUGGAGAUCUGGGGCGCUUCGCUCGAAGAGGUGCCCGGCUACGUCGACGAGGUUAAUGCAUGGGCCACGUUCUCGACUCCGGCACACACCUUUCUGCUCCUCUUUCAGCUCCUCACCCAGUCCAACUGGCACGACAUCAUGUUCCCGGCGCUUGAGGCUGUCGGCACCAAGUUUGCCUCGGUCUACUUUGUCUCUUUCACCUUUAUCGUCUCAAACAUCGUCAUCAACGUCCUCGUCUCGCUUGUUCUCGAAAUCUUCCUUCUUGCUCGUGAGAACUCGCUGCUGGUCCACGCCGAGCUCCCGCUCGAGACCGAUGACGGCGACGGCAACGCUCACACCAGCUUGCUGCCGCCAUCAUCCUUGGACGGCGCGCAGGACGGCGGCGGCGAGGUCUCUCCUGGUCAUGACAUCGAGCUCGACACCGCCGCGUUUGGCGUCUACGACCCGGCGUGCAACUCAUCCGAGGACGACAAUGGAGUCACAGCGCACGUCCGGGCAUCGCCGCUCGAGUCGUCAUCGCCGCACGGUGCCGAGUCGGUCCGCACCAACUCGGCGUCGUCGCUGGCGUACCGCGGUAUUGCGGCGUCAGCAUCAGGCGAUCUCGGCUCCCGCAUCAAUGCUGUGACUGUCAAAGGCUCCGAUGGCGGCGGUCCGCGCGCCGUCCGCAUCCUACAGCGCCAGAGGUAUUCGCGGUUCAUCGCGUCCCAAGACAUGGCCGGCGACGCCUCGCUCGACAUGUCGAUGCUCAACACGACGGCGCUGCCUGGUUACGACUCGCUUACGCCGCCGGCUACCGCAUCCGGCGCCACCUCCCACCGCUCGUCCCGCCGCCAUCGCUCGUCGUCGUCCAAGCAGGGUCACAGGCUGCGGAGCGUCGCCAACGCCGUCCGUCUCGCCCACAGCUCGUCGAGCUCGACGACGAGCUCGACAGGCGCGGCAGGCGCCGCCACCCCAUCCUCGUCUUCCUUCUCGGCGUCGUCGUCGUCGUCACCCAUUGGCGCAUCCUUGCCCAAUUGUGAGAACCCGAACCGGGUCUCGCCGGUCAACGAUGCACCGUCGCCGGUUGCGGGGGCCCAGCCGAAGGAAAAGCCGCGGCCAUUGCUGUUAUCUCAUCAUCACCGGCUCCAUCAGACGCGCCGCUGA